GAUCUUUUCUUGGUAUUGCAGCAGAAGUGAAUUUUAAACAGGGAUUUGAAGGAAAACUUGCAGUUUCGGGGACGCUGGAGAAAGCACAAAGAUGGAAAUCCUGUAUGAAUGUGGAAGCCAUUAGCAGAGUAAUUGCUGUCUGUUACCAUGACAACCAGCCGCUGCAGUCACCUGCCCGAAGUCUUACCAGACUGCACCAGCUCCGCUGCUCCCAUGGUGAAGACUGUGGAGGAUUGUAGCAGUCUUGUGAAUGGACAGCCGCAGUAUGUCAUGCAAGUUUCAGCCAAGGACGGGCAGCUGCUGUCAACAGUAGUACGGACGCUUGCCACGCAGAGCAGCCCCUUCAAUGACAGACCAAUGUGCAGGAUCUGCCACGAAGGCAGCAGUCAGGAAGACCUGCUCUCUCCAUGUGAAUGUACAGGAACCCUGGGGACUAUUCAUCGCAGCUGCCUGGAGCACUGGCUGUCAUCUUCAAAUACCAGCUACUGUGAACUCUGCCACUUCAGGUUUGCAGUAGAGCGCAAGCCCAGGCCAUUGGUAGAGUGGCUAAGGAACCCAGGCCCGCAGCAUGAGAAACGAACUCUGUUUGGAGACAUGGUGUGCUUCUUGUUUAUAACUCCAUUGGCGACCAUCUCCGGCUGGCUGUGUCUGCGGGGAGCAGUGGACCAUCUGCACUUUAGUAGUAGGCUAGAAGCUGUUGGCCUCAUUGCACUCACUGUCGCACUCUUCACCAUUUACCUCUUUUGGACCCUAGUGUCAUUUAGGUACCACUGUAGAUUAUACAAUGAAUGGCGUCGGACCAAUCAGAGGGUGAUACUCAUAAUCCCAAAGUCUGUCAACGUUCCUUCAAACCAGCAGUCCUUGCUGGGCCUGCAUUCAGUCAAAAGGAACUCAAAGGAGACAAUCGUUUGAUUUCGGCAGUUCUGCACUGGGGCCAUGCACUAAAUAUACUUUCUUAAACCCGGUGGGGUCUGAUUCCAUCCAGAACCUGGUAGUAUGCUAUUCUGAUUUAUAAACUCUUUGCGGAGGAAGGAAUCACUGUUUUAAUUCAAAUCAUGGAUGCUGCAGUCAUAUGAUAUUUGCUAAGCUGCCAAACAUGUUUAUUUAGCAGAUACUGUAUGGAAUUCUUCAACCUUGUGUUAAUAGCUGCAUCAUCAGUGAUGCAAACCCUCAUUUUUUUAUUAUUGUUUAAAAAUAUUAAACUAUGAUAAUUAACAAUGCAAAACAAAUGUAAAAAGUGCUUUCAUUUUAUUUUUUGUUUGCUGUUUCUGCAGUAUCGUUUUUUUUUUUUUUAGGUAGUUGGAUGGGACGCAGCACUGUAUUUUUAAUUUUUCUGAACCAAGAGGAUGGCAUUACAGAUGGAUAUUCUGUUACAGUUAAUUUUAUUUGAAGGACAUUUUAUACUAAUAACUUGGAUUAUUAAAACAACUUUUUUUUUUAAAGGAGUGGUGCAUUCUACAAAAUGACAUAUUUAAAUACCAUAAUCAUUAGAAAACAAAUAUACAUUCUUUGUUGUUUGGUACAUAAGGUAUGAAAGAAAAGUAUUUUUAAUAAUAAAUUUAAAGUAUGUGAAAGAAACAUACCUCAUGGAUUGCAAUAAUCUCCCUAGUCAAAAAGUGUUUCAUUGUUUAGCUUCCAGAAAGGAACUCCAUUACAGGGUUAUUUUUCUUUGUGUUCAGAGGGAGAAGAUUAGUGCAGACUUUGGUGCUUUAAAUUAUACCAGUGUAAAUCCAGCUUUAACCACGUUAAUUUGUAUUUACACAAAGCUGAAUUUGGCCCUAACUGUUUAACAUCAAUUUUGUAAGGGGAAUUCUGCAUACAUAAUGAAUUAGCAGAUCAUUAGAUGUUUUCUAGGGAGCCCAGACCUGUCUUGCAUAAUAAUUAGUAUUACUCUAGAGCUGCUGAACACUCAGCUCGGCAGGUAAAUUUAGUGAAGUGAAUAUAAACCCUGACCUCUCAUUGUAGUAUUGAGACUAAAUCUCUCUUUAAAAAAAAUGUAAGAACAGCAUAGUGUCAUGACCAAACCAGAUUUGGAAUGUGACUGCUAAUUUUUUUCAUCUUGGGUGGCAUUUCCUACUUUCAGCCAUGCAUUUUUCUAAGCAUCAAUUAAAUCACUGAUUUUUUAGGUUUUGGCUCAGAAGGGAAAUGUACUUACGUCAAAAGACUCAUUUGGUAGUGAAUGCUUCAAUUGCUAAUAGCUACUAACAAAAGCUGCUGACAAACCAGUGACACGUAACCUACUUGCAAUUUUAAAAUAUGGAUUUCUAGAGCAUGACAUAUUUAAAAGGUAAUUCCAACAUCUGCUUGGUUUCUCCUUUUAUUUUCAAACUAAGCACAAGGUGAAUAGCAACAAAGGUGUUGAUCUAUAUUUUAAGGUGAAUCAACCUGAUGUGUUUCUUGCCAGCCAAGAUAGCCAUUUAAAAAUGGUGCUAUAGCAAAUGCAUGCACUCGCAAGCUCCUCAGCAAGUUGGUGCUGUCUUCACUCAAAUAAUUUGAGUGAAGACAAUAGAUUUUUUUCCCCUUUUAAGACAUAUAUUUGAUAUUCCACAUAGUCAUCACUCCUUGACAGAGUAUUAGAAAUUAUACCAUCUAUACUCUUAACUGAUCUUCCUCUAGUGAAAUAAUGCCCACUUUGCCUAUGUCACACUACUUUCACCACAGUGAAACAGGAUCACUGUUGCUUGUAAAUCAUGGACUUGAGCCUGCAAAUCUAUAUUCACGUAGAUAUAGUUCAGUGUCCUGUAACCAUACACCACAAUCUAUGUUCAAUAAGGAAUAAGUGUGUGAUAAAAAAAGAUAAAACAAAUAAUGCCCAGACUUUAAAACUGCAGAAAUCUGUUACCUUAAUUCAACAAUGAGUUAAAACUUGCUUUACCUUUUCUCCUCUAAAUUCAUAAAGUUUGGCAUUAAGAGCUACAGUAUCUGAAGUCAGUGAUUACUUUCCCUUUUCUGAAGUAUGAACUUGAAAAUGCAUCACAAGAGAAAUUAUUUACCAGCAACUGGAGUUCUCUGACAUGUCUCAUCCAUAAGGGUGCCCUGACUGUGGGCAUGCAUACACCUCAGUUACCUGCCCAGAGAUCCUUGGCCUGAGCAAUACCUUUAGGAUAUUGCAUGACCCUGCCCCCAUCCUGUGCAACACAGAGGCUAAACAGUAGUGCACCCCUUUCUGCAAUUCAGCUCCUCUUCAUCACCUCUUCUAAAGACAGAACACUCCUGUUGGCAUCCUUGUCUGGGUACCCAGGGCAGAAAGCUUCAAUUCCUCACUAAUGUCAACAGAAAGGCUCUAGUAUCGAAAUCAUCUUGGCCAUAUAUGGGCUUUCAGGAUCAUCUUGUGGUAUGCCUGCAGGAUCAAAGAUAUAGGUGGGAAGGCAUAUAGGAGGAUUCUGAACCACAGGAUAAGGCAGAUUUUGGGGCACUAAAGCUGGAUACAGACCUUCCCUGGAACAAAAAAAAAAAGGAGCAGCAGUUCCUGGUAAUAUCAACACAAACAAGUUUCCCUUGGGUGACCCUGAUCUGCAAAGAUGAACCAGAUCCACUUCUGCUGUACAGAGAUGAAUGGGCUGAGGAGGGCUGUCUUGGAGAACAGGGAAGUGCCCUGUGAACACCCAAUAAACCACUUCCAUAAGCAGAACACUUCCCUGCACAGAGGGCAAGUCUCGUACCACCUGGCCUUUUAAUGUAGAAGAUUGUGGUAACAUGGUCCAUAUCCAUCAUGAAUGCAUUGGAGGAAGACUAGGCAAGCUCUGGGUACUUCCCUGAGUCCCCGAGAUCAAUGUGGAGUCUCACCUCCUCUGGUACUUGGAAGUUACUCUGCCUAGCAGAGGAAUCUAUCACAGUGGUCAACGAUGAAUGCAAAAGGAGCAGGGGCAACCAUGAACUAGUUGUUUACUUGGUGAGAACCUCAUGAUAUGGAAGUAGGCAUGUAAAUUGAGAGAUUCGAAUCAGGCCCCUUCCCUUAAGGUCUUUUAAGAAGUCAUCUUUCUAAGGCUUGAAAAAUUGAUUAGUUCGCAUGGGUACUUGUAAGAUCACUGGUAUUAUGGACUGACCUCAGAACUACCUUCAAUAAACAAGGACAAAGAUUACUAUGAGGAAGCCAAGAAAUGAAAACUAUAAUUAAUUAAAGCAGAGUUAAAAUAAUGUGCUUAAUGGUUAGAAAGGUCUCUUAACCAGAGGUUUGUGUUUAGCUUAGUUCUCACAUUCUGCAGUCUAUUUUAACAUUUUAAGCACAGAAGAUGGCUUAGUUAAGGAAACAACUAAGACAGGUUCUUCCCUAUUUGGUAUAAAGGCAAGAGGUUCUUAUUAUGAAAAAUAUUACUAUAUAGUACUGUACCUGACAUGCAGAUGAGUGCUGCUAGUAAUCUCUCAGACCCCUUAUUCAUGUUCUUUUCAUGUUUUACACUCACCAGAAGGAAACAUUAUGAUGCCUCAUUCUUUUCCUUUCUUCUCCAGUGGCAGCAAGAUAGUAGGCUGAAUGUGGCUAAUGCUCUCUUCCCCCAGUCCUUCUGGACCAAAGUUAUGUCAAACAGAGAAAUGAUGCAGAGCUGGUCAGUAGGAAUCUUCUAAGACAGCGUUUCUCAACCUAUGAGUCACAACCCAAAAGUGGGUCACACGAAUAUAUGAAAGGGUAGUGAACAAAUUUUAAAAAUAGAUUCUCCUUUAAAGGAGAAAAACGUAGGAAAUUGUGGCUUUCCCCUUGCAUGCUGGCAGAGUUCCAGCCUUCAAGGGGCUGCUUGGGGACCCCCUACCCUUCCCCUACACAUUGGGGUGCUGGGGCCUGGGACAGGGGUUGGGAGUGAGGGGCACUGGAUUGGGACCGGCCAUCAAUGUUUACAAAUGGGUCCUAGUGCAAAAAAUAAAAUGUUGGA